GUGCUUUUGGUCGGGCAUUCCUGCCAUGACGCACUGGUGUUUGUGGAUUCUUGUGCACCUGGCAGCGGGCAGUCCUUGUGAUGAUCGAUAUGCCGCUUGGGUAACAGAUCGGGAGGCUUUCCAGCGAGACGAUGAGCCACGCUACCUUUCGGGUUUGCACGUUGUUUGCGUCUGGAAGGAGGCGGGAACGCUCCGUUUGGAAGCCCACAUGAAUGGCGUGCUGGAGGAGGAUCCAGUUCGCUCGGAGCUCGAUGGGGCGCUGAGUCUCGACUGGGGGAAGUUCCGGAAAUCCCUGCAGGGGGUCCUUCGCUUCAGCAAGGCCACCAACGAAUGGGGGAACUUCCACCUGAAGCAGCCCUACGGCAUCUUCUCCGAAGCAGGCCACCGCUUGAGCUCGGCGACGGAGGUGCUUGAUGCUGGUCUGGUGCUGGUGGUGGAGGGCGGCCAGUGGUUCUGGCCACCGGUGCGGAUUGGAUAUGUGCGCGGGCUGCCCGGCACGCCGUACAUGAUAGAAACUGUGUCCGUGCAGCCGGUGGUCUUUCGAGUACGCGGAUUUCUGCGUGAGGAGGAGUGCAGUGUGAUCAUCGACAUGGCUGAAUCCAACAUGUCGGAAUCACCGGUUGUCCAAAUGGAGAAGCAUUACAGGGACAAUGACACCAAGGACUUUCGGACAAGCACGCAGGCCCGCUUACCCAGUUCAGACAGUUCUCUGCUCCAGGAGUUGGACAAGCGCAUCAGCAACUUGACUCGUGUGGACGUGACCCACAACGAGGAGGUUCAGGUGCUGAGAUACCGCCUGGGGGAGUUCUACGCUUCCCACACGGACAACUUUGAUCCGGAGUAUUACCAAAAUGUGGCAGCUUGGCCAAAAUUCUCAUGCCCGGAGAUUUCCCUGGAGCUACUCAAGGACUUCAUUGACAAAGGCCACAGGAACCGGCUACUGACCGUCUUCUGGUACUUGACCAACGUCUCCAAAGGCGGCGAGACCUUGUUUCCGCGCGCGGAUGGCUUGCCGCCGCCAGAGGACAUGAACAGCUGUGAGCGGGGACUCAAGGUUCGCCCAGAGGUUGGCACAGUGAUGCUAUGGUAUUCCUUGCGCCCGAACGGCAAUGGGGACCCGAACAGCCUGCAUGCCUCCUGCCCGGUAGAGGAUGGCAAGAAAUGGUCUGCGAAUUACUGGGUGUGGAAUAAGCCGCGCGACUUUUCGAUCAGUUUGCCUGACGCGGACGUGGAUGAGGAGUACAGCGGCGAGCAGUCAGUGGCACUCUCCACUGUGGAAGCUGGCAACAAUGUCAGCGCAACGUUCCGAAAUGAGCACCCCUUUCCCAUGUACCUGUUUUGGAAGCCACCUGACCGAGCACAAGAGGCGUUCCUUGGGGAGAUCUCCCCGCAGGCAGCUGUCAGCAUGCUGACUUUCCCCGGCCACAUUUGGCAUAUUCGCAUUGGUGCCGACCAGUCGAGCGAGCUUGUCACCGCCCAGGUGAUUACAGACCAGCCCAAGCAGGUGAUUGUUCUGUCCAGUGACCCUGAGCCUGAUGUUGAUGAGUUGUAGCCGCUGUAAUUGGCGAGCGCUGCAAAGAUGGCGCUGGAAGAAUUUCUGUGCAAACUAGUGCUGCGGAAGCCCUGUGCAAAUCCGCAGGAAGCGUGCAGCCUUAAACGCUGGCCCGAAGUCUCAUGGUCAUUGCCUCACGUUUCGUUUGUUGUCCA